CAAUGCCGGGAGUGCGCCAGCAGGGGGCAGCACUGCGGCGCAGCCGCAGAAAACAGCAGAAGGAGGGUCCAGGAAGCGGCAGGUUCGAAGGGAAACAACGACAUGUUCGGAAUCAAACCCGUCAAAGUUCGGAGCCUAAGCGGGAACACCAAGUACGGAGUCGCGGGUAGAGACUUGAAGGAGCUACUCCAGAAGAGCUGCAGGUUGUUCCAGCUGCCAGUUUCUGGAGCUCAGUUCUGUUUGUACGAUGACGGAACCACAGUGACCCAGGAGUUCUUCCAGACUCUGCCGGAGAACACCGAGCUGGUCCUCCUCUCAGGAGAGCAGACAUGGGCUGGAGUUUUUAGUGACGUCAGUCAGCUGCUGAACACAGACCGUCACGCCGAGGGCCUCAUCCAGGCUGCAAAACAGCUUCUCGGUGGUGAGAAGUCCUUCAAGAGGCGGAAGAUCCUCACCGACCUGCUGCAGAACCUGGAGGACAGGUCGGAGCUGGAGAGCAGGGAGGAGGACCAGGACUGGUUCAGCGGAGUUGAUUCUCGAUUCAAAACCAAGUCGGCCUACAUGAAGUACAACUGUGCCAGCAGGAUACGGAGCUACCUGAAGGAGGUGGAUCUGGCCACCAAAAGCAUAAACAAAGCCAGAGUCAGAGAAGAAUAUUCCAGAUCCUGCAAGUUCUUGGCAGAAAGGCUGAAAGGUGACAGUUACAACGGCAGCUACUUCGACAGGACUGCAGAGGAACCGCACCGGCUCUGCACUCAGCAAGGAUGGUUCACCUGCCAGGGAUCCUUUGACCAGAAGACUUGCCAGCAGCUCCACUCCAUCAACCCCUACAGCAGCAGGGAGAGCAGGAUCAUCUUCAGCACCUGGAACCUGGACCACAGGAUUGAAAAGAAGAGGACCGUUAUUCCCAUGCUGCUGGAAGUUCUAGAGACUCACAAGAGCUCAGCGGUCAACCUGAACUAUUUCUACCAGCUGCUGUUCACCACACAGAACCUGAAGUUAGUUCACAUCGUUUGUCACAAGAAAGGAGGUCACAACCUUUCAUGUGACACCAGCAUGGCCGUGAAGGCCUCCAGCCAUGCAAGGAAAAGGAAGAAGGAGGUCCCAGCGAAGAAAAGGCGGGUUCUGUAGAUGGGGUCUGUCCUCUACAGUAGGGCUCCCCCAGGUGGGUUCUUGUGAGGGCCACAUAGCUGUUUUCCUCUCUGAUGGGGGGCCGGGGUCCGCCUGUAGAUCAGUCACAGGGUGUGUCCAAACAUACAACUUUAAAGUUUUCUAGAAAGCCUCACAGACAAAUAUUAAGAACUUUCUCUGGGAUUUUCACAGAGAAAAGUCAGAAAAUAAAUAAUCAUUUUAAUGAAAUAAACAACACAUGAUGACAUAAAAAUAACAAAAAUUACUCACUGCAAUUCACAGAAAAAUAAUACUCAAACAUUUAGAAAUGAACCUUAUAAGCAGGCUGUCAGAGUCCAGCUGAGACUCUGGGGGCCUGCAGCUCCUCACAUCACAGUUUGUGUUAACUUCACAGCAGUGAUGGGAAUUGUGGCUCAUCCGUCAAGAGGAAAACGACCUCUUCGGCUCGUUUUGGUGUUUUAUUUAAUGUAUUAUGGAGUUUGUGGAACAUGUUGCAACUGUUGCAAUUGGACUAAAAUUAUGGAAUAAAUUGAGUGAUGAAUUUAAAUUAAGUACUUCGCAUUUGCAGUUUAAAACAAAUGUAUAAAUGAUUACAAUACACAUAUGUAAAAGGAUUUGAUUUACUUGUAUCUGUAAAUUGAUUUUUUUUAUUGUAUCUAUUUUUUGUCUUGCUGAUCAGCAUGGACAUCGUUUAGUUUUCAAGGAAAGACUUCAAAUAAGCUUCAUAAGCUUCUGCCUUUUCCUUUUUUUAUUGGUUGUUUUUAUAGUAUAUUGUGUUAACUGUACAAUUGGCUAAAACCAAUAAACGUGAACUAUUAUCAAUAAAAUUAUGCUUAAAAUGAA